AUAGUCGGAGGUCGUCGUCAUUUCCCAGUUGAAAUGUCCAACUUCUGUUGAACGCCGAAAAGCCCAACACGUGUAUUUCAUCGUCCGCAUUAACAAGUCAAAUUUGUAGCUACUUCUUAACAUACGGUAGCUAAACUUCCGACCUCCAAGCGCUCCAGGAGCACGACGCCAAACUUAAAUGAAAAACAUUGCUGACAGUGAAAAACAACAUCCGUGUGGUCUUAUAAUACAUUCAUGACGACAAACUGAUAUAUUUGGUCAGUGUAACACACAUGAACUCUCAGCAGCACAGCCCCCUUGAUUAUAAAUCAUAGAUAUAAAGAAAAAAGGAAGAAAUGGACGUAUGAGGUAACUUUACCCUUGAAAAUGUAUCUAAACAUUACAUAAAUAAUACUUUACUUAAAUACAGGCAAAUAUAAUUUACGUUGCCUUUUAGUUGAGUGUUUCCCGCAGAUAUUCACAAAUGCCUUCCAGGGGUGCUGCCAUUUUUGUGUGUGACGCAAAUUAAUGAAAAUCGUUGUAGAUGGAUUUGCCCCGAGUUUACAAGCAGAAACCAUGGAUGUAUUAAGAGAAACCUAUCUUUACAGUCUGCGGUAGGAAGUCCGACUUUAUUGUACUUUUUCUAGCAAGAGUUCGGAAAUAUUCAAGUUCCGAGUUGUCUGCAACGCACCAUUUUUUCGUGACACUAGCACCUGCAGCACCCUCAGCCACAAUAGCUACUUCUUUGAAAGUCAAAAUGGCUUUGGCAGCUACACGCAGCAUGUCAGUCAUAUUUGUCAAACACAAGAUUCUGUAUCCUGUGAGGCGAACCUGUCUGUUUUCAACUAGUGACACUAUUCUAGCAGACAAGAGGAAACCACCAUCAAAGAAACAGUGGCGAAAAUGUCACAAGAAACCUCCCUCGACUGAUCAUCUGUCCUGGGAGGAAAGGCUAGCUGAUGUGGUCACCCCUCUGUGGAGGCUGAGUUAUGAUGAGCAACUUGAGCUCAAGCAAAAGCAUCAGGAAAGGAUACUGUCUCAGCUCUCCAGGAAUCUUUCAGGUGACUUACAAUCACAAUCCCCAUCACCUGUCAGAAGUAAACUCAGCUUUCCUGUCUUGCCUGUUCUGCCAUCACCAGUUAGGGAUGGCUACCGCAACAAGUCUACAUUUUCUGUUAACAGAGGAGUGGAUGGAAAUCCAAAGACAGUUGGAUUUUACGUGGGCACGGGCAGGAAGGGAAACAUUGUCUGCGUCAACGGAGACCACCUGCUCAACAUGCCAGAGAAACACAAAUUGGUAGCCAGAUGUUAUCAGGACUUCAUCCGCCUCUCUUCCCUGGAGUCCUGCCUUCUGUUCCACACUGGGGGUCACUGGAGAGAGAUCACAGUGAGGACCAACGCAGAGGGCCGCACCAUGGCUAUAGUGUACUUUCAUCCACAGACACUCGCCCCAGAAGAGGUGGCAGCCCAUAAGGAUAACCUAGUGGAUUAUUUCACGCGGGGACCUGGAUCACUCUGUCAGCUUGAUUCACUGUUUUUCCAGGAGAGCACCAUGACUCGCUGCACUCAUGAAGAAUCCCCCUACCAGCUCCUGCAUGGUCAGCCACACAUAUACGAGGAGGUGCUAGGCUUCAAAUUCCGCAUUUCUGCCGAUGCUUUUUUCCAGGUGAACCAGGCAGCUGCUGAGGUGCUGUACAGCACAGUGAGGCACCUGUGUGUCCCAAACCCUGAGGAGGGUGGAGGAAGAACAGAAGUCGGUGGUACUCUCCUAGAUGUAUGCUGUGGGACAGGUGCCAUAGGCAUAACUAUAUCUCCCAGAGUGGACAGAAUUAUUGGUAUAGAGCUCAUAGAACAGGCAGUAGAAGAUGCUCGACACAACGCAGCUCUCAAUAAUGUACUGAACUGUGAGUUUGUCCCUGGGAAGGCAGAGGUGGUGCUUCCUGGCCUUAUGUCUAAGUUAAGCUCCGCAGGUGGAGGCCUUGUGGCAGCGGUGGUAAACCCUGCUCGAGCUGGCCUGCACCACAGAGUGGUCCGAGCUUUACGAAACCAGCCUGCUAUCCGCAGGCUGGUCUAUGUUUCCUGCAAACCGGAUGGGGAGGCUAUGCGGAAUUUCAGGGAGCUUUGUUGUGCUCCUGACCCGCAGAAGAAACUCACAGGAGAGGCAUUUUCUCCAACUCUGGCUGUGCCUGUGGAUAUGUUCCCACAUACUCCUCAUUGUGAAGUGGUGCUACUUUUUGAGAGGUAGCAGAUGCUUUUUGUUCAAUGGCGGGCUUCAACCCUUCAACAACUCUGGUUGCUUUAAAGGGGUGAUAGAAUGAUUACAUAGGGUAUUUCACACUGUUCCUUACGGUAGGUUUCCACACAGCGAAAUUUCGC